CCUACCUUUGGGCCAGUAGAACACUGAAAGUGGAGAAUUCUGAGCUGUUACACUGCACUCCAGAGUCGUUGGUGGCUACCCCAUGCCAGUGAGGCAAUUCCCUAAUAAGUCUGGUAGUGCUUGCUUUUUUCUGACUGCUGCCUGACAGGCGAGCGCUCCUAGGAAGCCGACUUCAUUCUUAACCAGGUCUUUUUUCUAUACUCCUGGACAGAAGAAUUUGUAGAAGUUACACUGGGGUUCAUCAUCCAUUUUUCCAGUUGCCUGUCCUCUCUUCCUAUUUUAUUGAUAUUAAACACAAGAACGGUUUUUGUAACAGGAGAAAAUAUACUUAGGCAAGUCCAAAUAGAGAAGAUAUUAAAAAUUUUGAAAAUGAGCCAAGAAAAAAUUGAAAUAUUUGAAAGUGAGUUGUCAGAAGAGAGAGAAGGGAAAAAGCAAUUGACAUCUGAUCUUAAUACUGUGCAGAUGGCUUUGAAAGUUAAAAGUGAGGAAUUACAAAAAUCAAAGUCAGAACUUAUAUGCCUUUAUAAUGAAAUUCAAAGUCUUCCAGGGACAACAAAAGACAGAGACCAUUUUUUAACAGCAUAUGACCUGCUACAAAGAGAGAAUUCUGAAUUAGAAACAAAGGUCAUGAAGCUUUCACAAGAAUUUGAACAAGUUAAUCAUUUUACUUUAGCUGCUAAUUUAAUUGCAAGUGAAAGUAUCUGUAAAGAUCCUGUGUCUAAACUACCAAUUUUGGAAUUAGAGACUCAAAGCCCAAAGGAGGAGAGAGAGGAACUCUGUCCUGAACAAGGAGAAAGUAAGCAGAAGGAAAUUGCAGAGGAGUCAGUAAAAGAGGGCACUUUGCCAAGAGAGAGGCAGAAGGAGGACUCACAACAGAACCAAGAUAUGAAGGGUGAAGGACAGCAGUUGACCUUGAAGCAUGAGGAAGUCAUGAGGCUUAGUGAAGAGCUGAAUCCUAUAAAUCAGAGCCUCCGGCAGUCUCAGAGCUCAGGGGAUAGUUCAAAUGACAGUAAUGCCCAGCCUCCAUCAUCUGAAGAAAAAUUGAAAUACCAGCAGCAAGAGGAUGUACAAAAGCUUCGCCAGAAUUUGCACCGGCUCCAGGUUUUGUGCUGCUCAGCCGAAAAAGAGCUCCAAUAUGAGCGGGGAAAGAACUUGGACUUGAAGCAGCACAAUAGCUUACUUCAAGAAGAAAACAUUAAGAUCAAAGUUGAACUAAAGCAGGCCCAGCAGAAGUUCUUAGAUAGCACAAAGAUGUGCUCUUCACUCACAGCAGAAUGGAAGCACUGUCAGCAGAAAAUCAGGGAACUGGAGCUGGAGGUACAGGCUCAGAGCAUUAAAUCACAGAACAACCUGCAGGAAAAGCUGGAUCAGGAGAAAUCAAAAGUUGCUGAUGCAGAAGCGAAGAUUUUGGAUCUACAGCAGAAAUUAGAACAAGCUCACAAAGUCUGUCUCUCAGACACGUGUGCUUUGGGGAAGAAGCAACUCGAGGAAAGAAUAAAAGAAGCCCUGGAAAAUGAAGCUAAAACAAAGCAACAAUAUCAGGAAGAGCAACAAAACAGGAAACUCCUAGAUCAGAAUGUAAAUGAGCUACAAAAGCAAGUGAGCAUCUUACAAGAUAAAGGGAAUCAACUGGAAAUAACCACUUCUCAGCAACAAUCCAGAAUUCAGGAACAGGAGGCCCAACUUAAACAACUAGAAGAUGAAAAAAGAAAAUCAGACGAGCAUCUUAAGAGCAACCAAGAAUUGUCAGAAAAGCUUUCUGGGUUGCAGCAAGAGAAGGAAGUGCUACGUGAAAAAUAUGGGCAACUUUUGAAGCAGUUUGAUGUCCAUGUGAGGAACUAUAAUGAGAAACAUCAGCACCACAAAGCCAAACUUCGCAGAGUUAAGGACCGUUUAGUUCACGAAGUAGAACUACGAGAUAAGAAAAUUGAAAAACUAGAACAUGAAAUCAGAAUUCUGCAUCAAGAAAAGGAAAAGGAUAAGGCAUUCCGGGACCAGGUCAUUGCUCAAAAUGAUAUACUGCUCCUAGAGAAAAGGAAACUUCUGGAACAAUUCCUAGACCAAGAACAAUUAACCCACAGCAACAAAUGCGUAAUAUCUUCAGUCGAGAACAGAGUCUUUCUUCUGGAUCAAGAAAAUAAGCAAUUGCGGGAAAUCAGCCUCCGGCUUACACAGCACGUUGGCUUCUUAAAGCGAAUCAUAAAGAGCAUGCAGAUUUAUGAAGAAAAGGAGACAAUUAAUGACGUCCCUGAACUUGAAGUAUGGAGUAAAAUCUUGCCCUUAUCAAGCUCCAGUUUUUCAGGAAGAGGUUUGGUACAGUCAGUCAGAAACCUUCAAGAGCUUGAGGAACGUAAGUCAGAAGAAGCAAUCGCAAACCUUGAAGUCCCCCAAGUCUCUUUAGGGUUCACAGAAUUCUGAAGCUGGAUACAUAAAAGUGACUAUUCUGAAAGAGACACAGUGCAUCCAAGAACAAGACCAAAAGUCAGAACCAUAAAAUCACUGGUGGCUAAAACUAGACUGAUCGAAGCUGCUAACUUAAAGCUUGGGUGUGAGGGUGGAACAUGACAUGGAGAAGAAUUACCACAGAUCCCCACUGGACAUCAACUGAGAGUCUUUGAAAUUGCUGAUAAAUUCAUUAAACCAGUUAUAAAAAUAUA